AUUGAAGAUACAGCCUUGCCUAAAAUGGGAGCGCGGCGAAGCGAUGACAAUCGAACGGUAUCAAUGUGGGAACCAGCGCUCUGGUGCUGAGGAGAACGGAGCAUCAUCACCGAUCAAAACACCGCAGCCUUCAGCAUCUCAACCGAACCCGCCCCCAAACAAAGGAAAGAUGGCCAUUUCAAGAAGAAAACCGACUGACAGAAAAAAGGAGCUGUGAGACAUCGGGUGGAAACGGUGAAGGGAAAACAGAGGAAAACAUCGGGUGGAAACAGAGCUACAGUCACGCAUGCUGUCUCCCCCACCCUGCCAGCUUCAGCAUGUCCACCUCUGAGGCGCCUGGUGUGAGCAGUAACUCCAGCACCGUGCCCUGGGACCCUGGUUCCUCUGGUCCUCCUGGCCCCACAGACUGGCCGUCGGUGGCCAACAGCGUGGUGAAGAUGAUGCUGAUCUCAGCCAUUGUGUGUAUGUCUCUGUUUGGUAACGUGGUGGUGUUGUUGGUGUUCCAGAGGAAGCCUCAGCUCCUCCACGUGGCCAACCGCUUCGUGCUCAACCUCCUCCUGGCAGACCUGCUCCAGACCGUGCUGGUCAUGCCCUUCGCCAUCGCUGCCACCGUGCCUGGUGUGUGGCCCCUGGAUGCCCGCUUCUGCCAGGCCCUGGUAGUGCUCAUGCACCUGUUUGCCUUCGCCGGGGUGAACACCAUCAUCGUGGUGUCGGUGGACCGUUAUCUGGCCAUCAUCCACCCGCUGUCCUACCCCACCCGCAUGACCCCUCAUCUGGGCACCAACCUCAUUGCCUGCACCUGGGUGUUGAGUCUGCUCCAGAGCACGCCGCCCCUCUACGGCUGGGGGGCCAUAGACUUUGACCGCAGGCAUAACGUGUGUUCUGUGGUGUGGUCCUCCAGCCUGUCCUACUCAGUCCUAGUUGCCACCUGCUCCUUCUGGCUGCCGGUGCUCAUCAUGCUGGGCUGUUACUGGAUGGUAUUCAGGGCAGCUAGGAGGCAGAAUGCCCUGGUGCACCCCAUCCAGACACACUCUAAGUCCCAGCCCAACCUGCCUCUGGAUCCCCAGGCCCCCUGCCCAGGCAGCGCCCAGCGCCCACCCCAACAGGCACCCCCACCCCUGGACUCCUUCUCAGCCGGGGGGUACCCCAUCCGGGGCAGGCACAGACGCUUCCACUACCACUGCAAGGCAGCCCGGGUGGUGUUCGUCAUCAUGGCCUCGUACAUCCUGAGCAUGGGACCUUACAGUGUUCUCAACACGGUCUCCAUUCACUCCAGUGCUGCUGUGCCUCCAUGGCUGGCCUCCCUAGCCCUGGUGCUCUUCUUCUUGCAGUGCUGCCUCCACCCCUACAUCUACGGCUACAUGCACCGCAGCGUGAGGAAGGAGUUCCUGGCCCUGCUGUGUGGUCCGCUCUGCAGGCAGGGCCGUCCCUGCCACAACUCCGCCCAGGACAGCUGCUUCACCGUGACCGACGGACGCUCCAUGCACCCCAACCUGCCCAGUCUGGCCACACGUGUCUGCCCCCUCCGCACCUGGGAGGAGGGCACCACCACAGAGGCUACCUCCUCCUCCCCCACCAUGGAUAGGAGGUCCAGGGACACCCGCAAAGAGACCGCCAGCCUGAGCUCUGAGAGAGAGCUGACUGUCCACACCACUACCAAGUAG